AUGGAGGUAAAAGAUGAGAAUGAACCAACUACACAGAAGCAGGAUAAUGAUGAUAAAUUGCAAAACACAGAAAAGAGUGAUAUAUCCGCAGAGAUACAAGAUGGUCAUGAAGAAGAUAACAAUGAACUGACAGGGCAAAAGCAGGAUACUUAUAGCAGAUCACAAAACUCAGAAAAAGAUGUUUUGCCUACAGAAAUACAAGAAGUUCAUGGAGAGGAUAGUAACGAAUCAUCCACACAGAAGCAGGAUAAUGAUGCUGAAUUACGAAACACAGAAAACAGUGACUUAACAACAGAGCUAAAAGGUUAUCAUGAAGAACAUGAGAAAGACUCAACUACACAGAAACAGGAUAAUGAUGAUAAGUUGCAAAACACAGAAAGAAAUGAUUUAUCCAUAAAGACACAAGAUGAUUAUGAAGAAUAUAGGAAUGAAUCAUCUACACAGAAGCAGGAUAAUGCUGAUGAAUUACAAAAAAUAGAAAACAAUAAUUUAUUCACAGAGAUUCAAGAUGAUCAUGGAAAGUAUGAUAAUGAACCUACCAUAGAGAAGCAGGAUAAUAAUGCUGAUUUGCAAAACACAGGAAAGAAUGAUUUAACCAAAGAGGUAAAAGAUGAGAAUGAAUCAACUACACAGAAGCAGGAUAAUGAUGAUAAAUUGCAGAACACAGAAAACAAUGAGGUAAAAGAUGAGAAUGAACCAACUACACAGAAGCAGGAUAAUGAUGAUAAAUUGCAAAAUCAACUACACAGAAGCAGGAUAAUGAUGAUAAAUUGCAGAACACGGAAAACACAGAAGCAGGAUAAUGAUGAUGAAUUACAAAAGAUAGAAAACAAUGAUUUAUUCACAGAGAUUCAAUGUGAUCUUGGAAAAAAAUAA